GGGGUUGGGUGGUGGCCGUUACGUUCGGGGCAACGGCUACGGCACUGGAGAAGUAAAGAGAGAAACAACGUCCGGCGCUUCCGCCUUCGCUUAGGAGGAGGAGCUGGUAGGGAAAGGAAAGUGAUUCGUUCUGGGCCUGGACUAGACCGAGUCGGGCCGGUGGGGGUCUGGGCUAUGAGCCUUUGAGGGUCGCUUGGGACGCGGAGCGAGCAACGAGAGCCGAGAGCUAUGUCUCAGCCGCCGCCGCCACCUCCGCUGCCGCCGCCACCUCCUCCCCCUGAGGCUCCGCAGACUCCGCCGUCCCUGUCGGCGGCGGCGGCUGUUGCUCCGGGGGGGCUCUCGAAGCGGAGAGACCGGAGAAUCCUUUCCGGUAGCUGCCCGGAUCCGAAGUGCCAGGCGCGUCUGUUCUUCCCGGCCUCCGGUUCUGUCAGCAUUGAGUGUACCGAGUGCGGACAGCGGCACGAGCAGCAGCAGCUGCUGGGGGUGGAGGAGGUGACAGACCCGGACGUAGUGCUGCACAACCUGCUGCGGAACGCGCUGCUCGGGGUGACGGGGGCACCCAAGAAGAACACGGAACUGGUAAAGGUAAUGGGCCUUUCCAACUACCACUGCAAAUUGUUGUCGCCCAUAUUAGCUCGCUAUGGAAUGGACAAACAGACAGGCCGGGCCAAGCUUCUCCGGGAGAUGAACCAGGGAGAACUGUUCGAUUGCGCUUUACUCGGUGACCGCGCCUUCCUCAUAGAACCAGAGCAUGUUAACACAGUGGGCUAUGGCAAGGACCGCUCCGGAAGCCUUUUAUAUUUGCAUGACACUCUUGAGGAUAUCAAGCGGGCCAAUAAAAGUCAGGAAUGCCUCAUUCCAGUGCAUGUGGAUGGGGAUGGACACUGCUUGGUGCAUGCUGUAUCUCGGGCUCUAGUAGGCCGGGAGCUUUUCUGGCAUGCCUUGAGAGAGAAUCUUAAACAGCACUUUCAGCAGCACCUGGCCCGAUAUCAAGCCCUGUUCCAUGACUUCAUUGAUGCCGCGGAGUGGGAGGACAUUAUCAAUGAGUGUGACCCUCUGUUUGUACCACCUGAGGGUGUUCCAUUGGGCCUGAGGAACAUCCACAUAUUUGGUCUUGCCAACGUGUUACAUCGUCCUAUUAUUCUCUUAGAUUCCCUCAGUGGCAUGAGAAGCUCUGGUGAUUAUUCAGCCACCUUUCUGCCUGGGCUCAUUCCUGCAGAAAAGUGCACUGGGAGAGAUGGUCAUUUGAACAAACCAAUCUGUAUUGCCUGGAGUAGCUCUGGGAGAAACCAUUAUAUCCCCUUGGUAGGCAUAAAAGGAGCUGCUUUGCCCAAACUACCUAUGAAUUUGCUUCCUAAAGCAUGGGGUGUGCCUCAGGACCUUAUUAAAAAGUACAUCAAACUUGAAGAGGAUGGUGGUUGUGUUAUUGGAGGAGACAGAAGUUUGCAAGAUAAAUACUUACUUAGGCUUGUUGCUGCUAUGGAAGAAGUCUUUAUGGACAAACACGGUAUCCAUCCUAGUUUGGUUGCUGAUGUCCACCAGUAUUUCUACAGAAGGACUGGGGUGAUAGGAGUUCAGCCUGAAGAAGUUACAGCGGCUGCUAAAAAAGCAGUAAUGGAUAAUCGCCUUCACAAAUGUUUGCUCUGUGGUGCCCUUUCUGAACUUCAUGUUCCUCCAGAGUGGUUGGCUCCAGGAGGGAAACUGUAUAACCUGGCAAAAAGUACUCAUGGACAGCUGAGGCCUGACAAAAAUUAUAGCUUUCCCUUGAACAAUUUGGUUUGCUCAUAUGAUUCACUGAAAGAUGUUCUGGUACCAGACUAUGGAUUGAGUAACCUAACGGCCUGUAAUUGGUGCCAUGGCACAUCUGUGCGAAGGGUCAGAGGAGAUGGAUCUAUUGUGUAUUUGGAUGGAGACAGAACUAAUUCUAGGUCUACUGGUGGCAAGUGUGGUUGUGGAUUCAAACACUUUUGGGAUGGUAAGGAGUAUGACAAUCUACCAGAAGCUUUCCCUAUUACUUUGGAAUGGGGUGGAAGAGUGGUCAGAGAAACAGUAUAUUGGUUCCAGUAUGAAAGUGAUUCAUCUUUGAAUAGUAAUGUUUAUGAUGUUGCAAUGAAACUUGUUACCAAGCACUUUCCAGGAGAAUUUGGGAGUGAAAUCCUAGUUCAGAAAGUUGUCCACACUAUAUUGAAUCAGACUGCCAAAAAGAAUCCUGAUGAUUAUACUCCUGUAAAUAUAGAUGGUGCUCAUGCCCAAAGAGUUGGAGAUGUACAAGGACAAGAAUCAGAGUCUCAGCUCCCAACUAAAAUUAUUCUUACUGGACAGAAAACAAAAACUUUGCACAAAGAGGAGUUAAACAUGAGUAAAACUGAAAGAACUAUUCAACAGAAUAUUACAGAACAGGCUUCUGUAAUGCAGAAACGGAAAACAGAGAAGUUAAAACAAGAACAAAAAGGGCAGCCCAGAACUGUUUCUCCCAGUACCAUUCGUGAUGGUCCAUCCUCUGCACCUGCUACCCCUACCAAGUCUCCCUAUUCACCUACAACUUCCAAGGAGAAGAAGAUCCGAAUAACAACUAAUGAUGGACGACAGUCCAUGGUUACACUUAAGUCUUCAACAACCUUUUUUGAACUUCAGGAAAGCAUAGCCAGAGAAUUCAACAUUCCUCCAUAUUUACAGUGCAUUCGAUAUGGCUUUCCUCCUAAAGAGUUAAUGCCACCACAGGCAGGAAUGGAAAAAGAGCCAGUUCCUUUACAGCAUGGUGACAGAAUUACAAUAGAUAUUCUAAAAAGUAAAGCAGAAGGUGGUCAGUCUGCUGCAGCACACUCAGCCCACACUGUGAAACAAGAAGAGAUUGCUGUUACUGGUAAACUGUCAUCUAAGGAACUUCAGGAGCAAGCUGACAAAGAAAUGUACUCCUUGUGUCUUUUAGCAACAUUAAUGGGAGAAGAUGUAUGGUCUUAUGCAAAAGGACUUCCUCAUAUGUUUCAGCAGGGUGGCGUAUUCUACAAUAUUAUGAAGAAAACCAUGGGUAUGGCUGAUGGCAAGCAUUGUACUUUUCCACAUCUACCUGGCAAAACCUUUGUCUAUAAUGCUUCUGAAGAUAGAUUGGAGUUGUGUGUGGAUGCUGCAGGGCAUUUCCCCAUCGGUCCUGAUGUUGAAGAUUUAGUUAAAGAGGCUGUAAGUCAGGUUCGAGCAGAGGCUACUACAAGAAGUAGGGAAUCAAGUCCCUCACAUGGGCUAUUAAAACUAGGUAGUGGUGGAGUAGUGAAAAAGAAAUCUGAGCAACUUCAUAAUGUAACUGCCUUUCAGGGAAAAGGGCAUUCUCUAGGAACUGCAUCCAGUAACCCACACCUUGAUCCAAGAGCUAGGGAAACUCCAGUUGUAAGAAAGCAUAAUGCAGGGACAGACUUUAGUAAUAGUUCCACUAAAACAGAGCCUCCAGUAUUCACAGCUGCUCCUAGUAACAGUGAGCUUAUUCGAAUAGCUCCUGGAGUAGUAACAAUGAGAGACAGCAGGCAGCUUGAUCCUGAUGUUGUUGAGGCUCAGCGAAAAAAAUUGCAGGAAAUGGUUUCUUCUAUUCAGGCUUCAAUGGACAAGCACUUGCGGGAUCAAAGUACAGAGCAGUCACCAUCUGAUCUUCCUCCAAGGAAAGUAGACAUUGUGAGUUCUUCUGCAAAGUCUGGGAGUCUUCAGACUGGCUUGCCUGAAUCUUUUUCUUUAACUGGUGUCACUGAAAAUUUGAAUACAGAAACAACUGAUAGCUGUGUGACAGAUGCACUGGGAGCGGCAUUUGCCACAAGGUCAAAAGCACAAAAGGGAAAUCCUGUGGAGGAGCCCGAAGAGAUGGAUAGUCAAGAUGCUGAGAUGACUAACACAACUGAGCCAAUGGAUCACUCUUGAUUUAAUUAGAGGCUAAUAAUGGCAGAAUGUUUAUUGUGAAUAUGUAAUAUUUGUUGGCUGGGCCACUUAACUUGAUUAGUCAUUAAAAAUCUUGUACGUAUAUAAUUCAGAGAUUAUAUCUUGUUAUUCAGUGCAUGAUAGCAAGUGUGUGAUUGGCAAUAGCUUUUAAUAUACUCCUUCCCAGGCUGGCUCUGAAUUCCUAUAAAUUAGUUAUUAGAUCUGCUGAGAUGAGUUUCUUCCAUAUAUGUGGUUCAUUGGAAGUUCUUUGUAAUUUUAAUUCUAUGAAAGUCUUACUAUUUCAAAGAUGAAAAUUCUACUAAAUAAGUAUGUUUGAUUUCUGAAAAGACUAAAAUGGAUAGAAAUGAGAUUUCGCUAAUGUUGAUGUCAUCAAGAUGACUAUUCCACAUAUUAGAGUGUCAAAAGAUUUGUCAAUUUGAAGGUUGUCUGAACUAAAUUGUAUCUUAAAAUUCAUAAAAUAACUAUUAGACAGUGGGAUUCUGACAUUUCCAUGAAUCUAAACACAUUCAUAGAGAUAUGUAUUCUUGGCAAAAAGAUCUUGAGAAUAGAGUGUAAUGAUAGAACAUUUUACUGAUUUGAGCAAGGAUGGGGAAAAAUAUGUAUUCUAGAAUGAUAAAGUCAAUGUGAUUAAGUUAUGUUGCUGUCUGAGCCAACACAGCAAAUUGUGUGCUCUGUUGAUAAUGUGUUACCAUUAUUUUUUUAAUCUUGGCCUGGUCAAGUACCACCUAAUUUUUUUUAAUCUUGCAGAAAAGUUGAUUGCAAAGUAUGGUAGAAAAUAAAAAAAUAAUGGUAGCAGUGGUCAAUCUCUAAUUUUCAGAGUUUGUCAGAUUCACAGAGAAUUUAUAAAUAAGAAUUUAUCUUUAUGAAUGAGUUACAUUGUUCUACAAUUUUGGUCAAUGGUAUUUAAGCCUAUGUAUGCUUAGUGUCUUUGAGCCCCUUUGAACCAAAAAUGCUUCUUUUUUUUCUUAGAGUCCAUAAGAUUUUCUUUAUUUGUUGGCUUUACUUGGGUUUGGAUGCAAAUUUUACUGCAUCGUACCCUGAUUGGGCAUUUGCUUAAACAGUGUAUUCAUCAGAUCUUUAGUGAUAGUUUCCUCAAGAAGCAGCUUUGAUGCUUAUUCCUUAUAGAAAAAGAGUGUUUAUCCUGAGAUUGGUAUUGCACUAUUUCAUCCUAUUCUGCAAAAUCUGUAUUCUGAAAUGUACAUUUCAAUCCAUCUUCCUCUGUUCACUGAAAUUAAGUUGAAUUCGAAUGGAUCAAAGACAAAAUAUAUGUUAAUACGGUCUCUUACCUAGAGCAUUCAAAGCCUGGCUGUCUCUGUUUGCACAUGUAACAGAUGCAGAACUGUGUUUGCGAUUCUAAGAAAAUGUACAUCAGAAAGUAUAUUAUUAGGUGUUAAAAAAUCUCAACCUGUUGACUCAUAAGGGAUAUAGAAUCUGUUUUUCCAGAUAAGGGAGAUUUUGGUCUUCUUUCUAUGAAAGUAUCUCUAACUGUAUCCUCUUAUUAAAUGAACUCCAUUUUGAAUAAGAAAGGAAUGGAGACUCUAGACAUUUUGCAAGUAUAUCUGAGCAAGAUAUAUAUAUUUGGGUUAGUUUUUAUCACGUUUUUCUUUACGGUAUUUUCUCUCCAUUCUUCUACUUAUAAAUUUACUUUCAAGCAUCUUUCACUACAUCAAAAUAGCAGGAAAAUUUAGAACUUUUAUGUUAUGCGCUAGUUUUGCAUAAAGUAAGAGAUGCAGCUAUGAAAUAAUAUUUACCACUUAGUAUAUAGGUGGCUUCUGUCACUCACUAACCACUAUAAUUAUUUUUGGCUUUUCAGUCACCAAGACAUUUUUCCUUUUUUUCCCCCCCUUUCUUUUUUGGAUUUAAAUACAGGAAAACCUUAAAGCAAAAAAUGCACUGCUUCCAAGGACAUGAUAGGAUCACCUUUUCUUUAACAAAUAUUUUCUUCACCUGUGGCUUGAUAUGUUUUGUUAAUAACUGACAAAUGUAUCAUUUCUCGGCCUUUUGGCUCAGAUGAAGUGUAAUAACCAACAAAUAUAAUCUCACAGCAUUAAAGUUAAAAAUACCAGAAACAAAUUUUAUCUCCCUAUUAAGUUCUUGUAUAGAAUGCACAUGUGUGGGGGCUGGCUGAUUAGCUCAUUUGAGAGCAGGGUGCUGACAACACCAACACCAAAGUCAAGGAUUCGGAUCCCCCUACUGGCCAGUUGCAUCCCACCCCCCACCCCCACAAAAAAAGAUGCAGUAGAAUGCAUGUGUGAACAUUAGAAGAUGGGCUUAAGCUAUGACAACAGUUUAUUAAUUUCUCUAGCUACAGCAACACUGUUUAGAAGCCAAUUAGGUAUUAGUACAGUACAAUAACAGUUUGAGUUGUCCCUUGAUAAAGAAUAAAAGGGUUGAUUGUGAGAAGUGAUCAGAUUUCUUGAAAUUAUUUUAAAUCAGCUGAAAAUUCGUUGGGGUAAUUAAUGGUUUUUCAUCCUCACAAGUUCUAGAAUAGGAUUUCUUUAAGUUUAAAAAUAUCCUUGUCAUUCGGUAUGGUUAUAUCAUAACCAAAUACAUGACUAUAGAAUGAUUUUUUUUUUAGUACUACCAUUUGUGAUAUUGCUGCAUCUUUCAGUCCAAGUGAGGCUCAAAUCAGUUAAAGUCUUUUUUAGCCCUAGAUGUAACACUGUAACUAUAAUUCAAUCCUAUAAAUUCUAUUUGCAGUGUUUCAUUGAACAUUGAAAUAAAAUUGUAAAUUUUUUCCUUCACUAAUUCGUUCUAUAGUUAAUCAUACGUACCAAGUUUGAAUUGUUUACCCAAAGUCCAGUUGAAGAUGGUGUUUGUCUAGAAAACUGGCAAUGAGAAACUGGUUGAAAUUGAAGAAAACAGGACACUGCCAAAUAUUGUGAAAUAGAAUAUAAUUAACUCCAAGGGAAUGGUUACGUAGGAACUAGUUUAAGAACAAGCUUAAGGCCCAUUUCCUCCCCUUUCACUAUGUUUUAGGUAUUUUAUUUGGAAAAUGUUAGGAUAGAGGCCUGAGAAAUUUAGCAAAUGCUGUUGACUGAAAUUUGCUUUAUAUAUUCUGAUGAUUUUUACUUUUGUUUUUGCAAUCAAGCCUACUUCUUGCAAUUAAGAUAUUAAUCUGAAGUGCGUCUGUGAUUCCCUGCCACAGGUCUUUAUUUUAAAAGUAACUUCACUGGAAAUGAGCAGUGAUUUUUGCAUAUGGUCUCUUACCUCAGGGAAGAUCACUUGCUAGCAACUCAUACAGUACUAAUGACAGGUUUUUGAGAAUUGUACUGACAUAUAUAUCACGUUAGCUACUAAAUGUAAAAUUGAUACAGUAUUAUUUUAUGUAGUAAGCUACUAAUAUGGUCUGCUAGUGAACAUUUCUCUAAAUAUUUAGACCUCACUAAUAACUAAUCUUUAAGUAUAAAAUAAACUUGUAACUUCUGUCAUUAAGUACAUCUUAACUGUUUAAUAUAGUGACAAUAUUAUAAAAUGUUUAUUUCAGAAUAUCAGUAGUCUUUAUUUUUCAAGAGUCAUUUUAAUUGGCCCAUACAUAAAAUUCUGCAGCACAGAUUUUGAGCGUUUCAUGGUUCUCAAAGCAAGGUUUCCAUCUUAAGAUUUUCAUAAAAGCAAAGUCUUUGCAAAAUUGGAUUAAAUUCCACUCAUUGUAAUAUUAACUUAUACCAGUAGUAGUGAGAUACAUAUAAGUAAGUUGGGUAGAAAUAUCCUACCUUUCAAAGUUAUAUAAUUUAACAAAAUUAUACAACCUCAAGGCUCUUCACAAUUAAUGUAGGAAAUUAACUUUUCAAAGCAGAACUAUUCAUGUGAAAAUAUACCUUGGUGAAAUGUAUAUUUAAGAAGUAAAAUAACAAAGGGGAGCUAUAUCACCAAUGUAAGUUAUGAGUUAAUUGCAGGUUCUGCCAUUCUUGGUAAUUCUUUGACAUACUAAGUGUUUCAGUUCAUAUUUAAUGAUACUUAAUCGUGGGAAUUUUAAUGUUUGUUAAAAAUAGCAGAAAUUGUAAAAAUUGUGAAUUAUUGGAAAAAAUGCCAUUACUUGUAUAUGACAUUUAAAUUUUUAAAUUAUGGAGUCUACAUGCUUUUGAAGUAUAAUAUUAAUACAAUGAUUAUUCUCUUGUAAAAGAAAAGGAAAACCUAGUAAAGAAAAAUGUUUUAGUUGAUGUUAUCUGCUUGUGAGUAUCAAUUACUUAAUAUUUUAAAAUUUAAGGUAUUGCAUACUUUUCUUUAGAAUGCAGAAAUCCCUUCCUGAGCCUUUAUGCCUGUGGUAGAGCAAUAAAAGACUAAAAAGGUUAUUGGUAUUUUCAGGUUUAUUUGACUUUAAGAAUUAGUGCCAAGAGCUGGAGAGUCCACUUUUUGGAUGGAAAUGCUAUUUAGAAUAGCUAUGUAAAAAUAAAUGGUGAUAGUGUAAAUAUUUAGAAAAAAUUAAAUAGCAAGUGCUUUUACUGCUCAAGAAAAUAGUACAGAUGUUCUUUCAUCCUUUAGAUGCUGGCUGUUGCCCAUUAUUUUCUGAUUUUGUGAUUGUUGUAUAUGUUACAUUUGACUAAUGAAUAAUUGGUAAUAGUGUAUUGUAACAGUGCAUAGUGCUCUACAGCACACCUCACUGUACAGUAUUUGAGGUUUCUUUUGUAUCAGUAAUAAAAUUGAGUUAAUACA